GCGCGCGCGCAUUCGAUCGUGCCGGGCGGUUUUACGUUUGCGGCAGUUAUUGUCCGUAAAAAACAAAAAUGACAUCGUUAGUGAAGUGCAAUCAGUGCAAUAUCGUAAUAGACGAAAUGUUAUCUUACAUCCAAAAUAAAAUCUCAGUGAUAGACAGGGGCACCUUAAUUAAAAUAUGUGUGUCUGCGUUCACCACUGAAGAAAUAAAAACGUCAAAGGCGUUAUUAUUUGAAUCGUUACCAACGGAUAUACGAAAAAUAGUGCGUAAAAAUAAAGGACAGGAGCAGCGUGAUCUGGAAGAUAUUGUCAAUCUAAUAUUAAAAACUGAUCCUGAAGUUUUGCCGGUGUUUGUGGCCAGAAAUUUAGAAAAACUACCUCCAGUGACGUUUGACCAUAUAGAUGUCACGAAACUAAUAAAAGACCUUACGUUAUUUAAAUCGGAGCUCAAUGAAGUAAAGUCUAACUACGUUCGUAUACAACAGCUUGAGGAGGUACGUGCCGAGGUACUUAACAUGAAACAAACUUCGCUAAGCGGCUCAAUAUGCAAUGUAAAUUUAAAUAAGCGUGGUGCCGCCUUUUUAGAUAGUGGCCCUAUGGGCAUGUCGCAUUUUAAUGAUGCUUUGCUGGACAAUUCCAUCCAAGCCCCCAUAACAAAUUCUUUAUCAGCGUCACAUACUCGAAAUGAACUGGAACCAUCGGAGAGUUUUAUAGCUACCGUCGAACAAAAACAUGUUACGCGUAGUCCGCCCGGCUCACCGCUGUUAGCAACGGCCGGGAGUGACGUCAUCGUGACCGAGAUAGAAAACUGUCCGGCCGGCACAGCUGAUCGGCAGUGCAAUGCACCGGAGAUAACGCGCGGUCAGCAAAAUAAGGAAAACGAAAACGGGGACCCCUGGAUAACUGUAGAACGACGAAAAAAAUAUAAAACUAAUUAUCGUUAUGCAGGGUUAAGGGGCAUAGCCCGUGACGCAGAAUGUAAAUUUAGAGCUGCCGAAAAGAAAGUGCCCAUUUUUAUAUCUAAUGUUCAUAAGGAGGCCAACGAAAGGGACAUACAGGACUAUGUGCGACAAAAAACAAAUGAGACAAUUAAUUUGCAGAAAAUUAUUACGAAAAAACAGACUGAGCAUAACGCAUACAAGUUUUUUGUUUCUGAAAAUAAGGUCUCAUUAUUUUUAGAUAAAACCUUAUGGCCGCGAGAUAUUAUAUUUAAGCGCUUUGUGCAUUUCCGACAUAGAUAUGCGGACAAAGAAAAUAUUGAAAACGGCCUUAAUCACAAUAAUGAGUAAAAUAGUGUGUAGAAUGGCAAGUUAUAAUUGUAAAAACGUUAAGCGAUCAAUAGAUAGUAUAAAAGAGCUGUGCCAAUCUUGUGACAUAGUAGCCUUGCAGGAGACAUGGCUCCUUCCUGACGAAUUAUCCUAUCUAAGCUGCAUGGAUAGUGAUUUCUCCGCCACGGGUACUUCAGCAGUGGACACAUCGGCUGGCAUGUUGCGUGGUAGGCCGUACGGAGGUGUGGCACUUCUGUGGCGGUCGAGCGCCUUUAGUAACGUGAAUGUGAUACAGUGCGAUAAUCCGCGUAUAUGCGCUAUCAAAGUGGAGUCAACAGAUAGACACUUUUUAGUGGUGAGUGUUUAUAUGCCCACGGACAGCACGAGCAAUCUUCCCGAUUUCACAGACUGUCUGAGCGCGGUGAGUUCUUUAAUAGACAAUAAUAAUAUUGAGUCGGCAUAUAUUUUGGGAGAUUUUAACGCUCAUCCUACCGAACCUUUUUAUAGCGAACUUAUCGGUUUUUGUGAUG